AAUGUGCAAGCAAGCGCAGGAGAGGGUUCUGGAGUUUUUAAAAGAGUGAAUAAAACCAUAGUUGUUUCCUCUUUGAUGUUCUUUUAAUAAAAUUUCUAAUGCAUGCUGUGGAUAAUUACUUAAUGGCUUAUAUAUCUGUUACUGCCACUGUUGAGCCUUGUGGAGGCCGUUGCAUGAUUGGUGUGUGCUAGAUACAGUCUAAACUUGCCUUGGUCUCACUACUAGCCUCUAGUGUACUGGGUAUUCUGCUUGAUAGAAUUAGGUUGAGGUAACCUAGAUAACUAGUUAUACUACAUUGUGUUGUCAGUAGCUGCCUUGCAUUUGUCCCACAUUUAAAAAAUAAAAGCCCAUUGCGUUAACAAAGAUGUAAUCCUUCUAAAAAAAUAAAACCCCAACUCCUGUCUAUUAACUAAUAAAUGAAUAUAAGAUAUGUUGUACAGUCUAAGUUUUUUAUUAAAAUCUCAUCAGCAUUGUGUUCCAAAGCGCUUGCCUAGGAAUGGGACCUCUCCAAAGUGAUUUUUUUCAAGGGCACAUCUUUAUCCUCUCACUGUAGAACCCUGAAAAAGCAGGGAUUCCUUUUGAUUUGGUACUGUUUUUGAUUGUCAUUAAAUACAGCAAAUAGAAAUGGGUUCCAUUUGUGCCUUUAAAAUAGACUCUUUUUCCCUGAAGGGAAGAAUAGAUUGGGGUGGCUUAGGCAUAACCACCGCUGUUUUUAAAAGGUUCGGGAGAUGGAAGUCUAGAUGUGAAAAAUUACCCUCUCUCAGUGGGAACAAAGCUGUAGACAUGGAAUACUAUGAAAAUCUAAUGGUAACCAAUACCUAAUUUGGUCUAGUAAGAAUUAGAGCUUCACCUGGGUGUUCAAAAUAAAUCAGUAAGAAUUUUGAGACCCCUUUCAGAUAUUGCAGAAAAAAAUCCUGUUAAUACUGAAGGCUACUAGAGUAGCUUAGAGUUUAACGUUAAAAAAAAAAAAGGUCAUAGUGUUAUUAGUUUUUAUGCAUUUGGUGAUAGACUGGUGAAGCAUCUAGUUUCUAUAGUAAUAGAUGCUCUUUAAAUGUAAACUCAUCCUUCCUGAGAAACGGACCUUCACAUAUAUUUGGCAGCAGGACUACUCUGUUGACUAAUUGUAUGGUAGUCCCUUCUGGAGGUAGGUAAAGGAUUAAUAGAAAUACUUUUGCUUAGAGAAACAGAGGAAGUCACCUAGGAAAUUAAUGACCCAACUGGAAGUAGAACCUAGUAGUCUGGGACUGAGUCUACAUGCUAUUUUGGUUGGGACUUCCUCUACCAAGUUCCUGUUGUUGAACAUUCUGUUGUUGUUGUUUGUUUUCCUUUGUUUUCUUUUUUGGUCUCUUAGUUGUUCCUCUUCUUUCUCCCCAAGUUUUCCUUCACUGAAAAACUCUUUACUUCCACAAGUCUCGCCAUUGUUUUUGUUCAGUUAUACACAAGGAAUUCACUGUUUUGGUGGGAGUCCUUCUAAAAGCCUCUCUGACUUCACUUUAAGAACUAUGCAGAUGAAACUGAGCUAUUGAGGACUCCCCCGCCCCCACCCCCACUGACAAUAAAAAUGUUUGGUCUCAAGCCUCUUAAGUUGGAAGCAGUGGCUCCUGCUGGGCUGGAAUCCUUGGAAUCAGGAUGUCGUUGGGCUGAUGGUAGGUGGGCUGUGUCACAGGGCUGAUGGCUUGUAUACCUACAGGAGGAGUUCUCUGGCCACACCGUUGGUACAGCAGCUCCUUCCAGGCUCAUUCAUGGAACAGGCAUGGCGGCAGUCUUGGAGAAGAGUGCCAGCCCCGGUCAGAGAAAAUGUCAAAGAAAUUUUUGGACAGACUAUUAUUCAUCACCAUAUCCCUUUUAACUGGGACUGUGAAUUUAUCCGACUGCAUUUUGGGCAUAAUCGGAAGAAGCAUCUUAACUACACAGAAUUCACACAGUUUCUCCAGGAGCUGCAGCUGGAACAUGCAAGACAAGCCUUUGCACUGAAAGACAAAAGCAAAAGUGGCAUGAUUUCUGGUCUGGAUUUCAGUGACAUCAUGGUUACCAUUCGGUCUCACAUGCUCACUCCCUUUGUGGAGGAGAAUUUAGUUUCAGCAGCUGGAGGCAGCAUCUCACACCAGGUUAGCUUCUCCUACUUCAAUGCAUUUAACUCCUUACUGAAUAACAUGGAGCUUGUUCGUAAGAUAUAUAGCACUUUAGCUGGCACAAGGAAAGAUGUCGAAGUCACAAAGGAGGAGUUUGCCCAGAGUGCCAUACGCUAUGGACAAGUCACUCCACUAGAAAUUGAUAUCCUCUACCAACUUGCAGACUUAUAUAAUGCUACAGGGCGCUUGACUUUGGCAGAUAUUGAGAGAAUAGCUCCGUUGGCUGAGGGAGCCUUACCUUACAACCUGGCAGAACUUCAGAGACAGCAAUCGCACGGUUUAGGCAGGCCGAUCUGGCUCCAGAUUGCCGAGUCUGCUUACAGAUUCACUCUGGGCUCAGUUGCUGGAGCUGUGGGAGCCACUGCAGUAUAUCCUAUAGAUCUGGUGAAGACCCGCAUGCAAAACCAGCGUGGCACUGGCUCGGUUGUUGGGGAGCUGAUGUACAAAAACAGCUUUGACUGUUUUAAGAAAGUCUUGCGUUAUGAGGGCUUCUUUGGACUCUACCGGGGUCUGAUACCACAGCUUAUAGGGGUUGCUCCAGAAAAGGCCAUUAAACUGACUGUUAAUGAUUUUGUCCGGGACAAAUUUACCAGAAGAGAUGGCUCCAUUCCACUUUUAGCAGAAAUUCUUGCUGGAGGUUGUGCUGGCGGCUCUCAAGUCAUCUUUACUAAUCCAUUGGAGAUAGUAAAGAUUCGCCUGCAGGUAGCUGGAGAAAUCACCACAGGACCCAGGGUCAGUGCCCUGAAUGUACUCCGGGACCUGGGACUUUUUGGUCUGUAUAAGGGUGCCAAAGCGUGUUUCCUCCGAGACAUUCCCUUCUCUGCAAUUUAUUUUCCUGUUUAUGCUCAUUGUAAACUACUUCUGGCUGAUGAAAAUGGACACGUGGGAGGUAUAAAUCUCCUUGCAGCUGGAGCCAUGGCAGGUGUGCCUGCUGCUUCUCUGGUGACCCCCGCUGAUGUCAUCAAGACAAGAUUGCAAGUGGCCGCCCGUGCUGGCCAGACGACAUACAGUGGUGUCAUUGACUGUUUCAGGAAGAUACUCCGGGAAGAGGGGCCCUCAGCAUUUUGGAAGGGGACUGCAGCUCGAGUGUUUCGAUCUUCUCCCCAGUUUGGUGUUACCUUGGUCACCUAUGAACUUCUCCAGCGGUGGUUUUACAUUGAUUUUGGAGGCCUCAAGCCCUCUGGCUCAGAACCAACACCUAAGUCACGCAUCGCAGACCUUCCUCCUGCCAAUCCUGAUCACAUCGGUGGAUACAGACUGGCCACAGCCACUUUUGCUGGCAUUGAAAACAAGUUUGGCCUUUAUCUCCCCAAAUUUAAAGCUCCUAGUGUUGCUGUGGUUCAGUCAAAGGCGGUGGCGGCGGCCGCUCAGUGAUGAGACAACCACUGAGUGUGGCAAAAUGGUUGCCCUGGAGAGAGAGGCCUCGAAGAGCAGCCCUGUAAUGUAUCCAGUCAGCUGCAUGGUGCUGACUGAGCUGAGGAGUCAAACUAUUCUUUCUAUAUGACAUAUACAUAUAUUUGUUUAUAAAGUAAUCAUUUGCCCAGGAAAAAGCGACAACGCAGUUUGAAGCUUUAGUCUUAAGUGUUGAAAUGUUUUCUAAGCCUUGGCAUGAAUUAGUGUUCUAGACUGCUUUGCACAGCUUGCACUUAUAGUGACUGUACAUAUUGUACAUCUUUGUACAGAGACAUCUUGGCACCUCAUCCCAACAAAUCACGUUUAUAGAAUGUAAUGCGGUUCUAAGUGGCUUGAAAUGUACAGAAUGUUUUGAAAGUGUUUUAUUAAGAGUCACACAAAAAUAAAUGUAUUAAAAUUAAAUUCAUUCUCUUAUUGGUGACUUAUAGAAAUAAAGCAUCAAUAUUGGAUGUAUUUAAUUUCCAGCUCGUUUUCCAUUCUGGAAUAAAAAGGUAUUUGCUAAUAAGGAGGCAUAAUGAGGCCAAGUGCUUACACCAUUGAAUAAGAGAUCCUUGGAAGAUGCAUGCUAGUAGAUGCCAGAGGAUCAGGCUAAUGACUUGUGUGUGCUGAUGUGUUUCCAUUUGUAUUUAAUAUGUGUAUAGAUUCUCCUCUGUUCAUCAAUCAAAAGGCAUUUCCUAGACAGCUCCUCUCCUGUCAGUGGGCAUACGGAAAUAGGGAUGUCUCCAGCAUUACUGGCUUAGUUUUGCUUUCCUCUGACACAGCAAGGCAAGGGCCUAGCUUUUAAGAUUAAAAGAUACUUUGGCAAUUUUCCUUCAUAUGGACAUGUUUCCAAUCAAAAAUAAAAUGCACACCAAAAUGUA